AUGAGCGCUACUCAGGAUGGUGUGCGGAGCACACUGUCACUCAUUGAAGAUAUGGCACUGCCCCAUCCUUCAGGCCGACUACUCACAACAUUCAUCACUGAGGCUCUUAACCCUUCGUUUGCUGCCGCCUACGCAAGGGACAAAUUAUCAGCUGGUGAAUGCGAUUUACUGCUAUCUGGGUGGACACACAUUAUUGAAUCCAUUUCAAGCAAUGGUGACGUUCCGCCGCCACCAAAUGAGAAGAUCCGACGGGAUAUUAUAAAACGGGACGGGAACAGGUGCUGUGUAACGGGAAAAGUUGGCACAAUUCGAGAUCCUCUGCAAGUCAUGCCCAUUCUUCCUGUUCCAUCGGGCUGGGCAACAGACAAGGUAGUUUGGCCACCCCCAAAACCACCAUAUGACCAAAACGCUGACAGUUCAUGUCCGAAGCCGGGAAUUUUUGACAUGCUGGGUGCUUUCUUUGGUCCUCAAUAUAGGGGCUGGUGGCUUUCGUACUCCAGGGAACCUGAAUACAUGACGCCUUUGCACAGCCACUGGCUGAUCCGGAAAUCAGUGGCAGGGGCCUUGUCGCGAGGCCUCAUCAGACUCGACAGGCUGCAGCCCUCGAUGGUCGAGGAUGCAUGGCAGUAUGCGGUGAACCCUGUCUCCGUCGGAACACUGGAGUCAAUUAGUGUCGAAACCCCGUAUGCGCUGCUGGCUGACCACUCGCGUUCGGGUAUCGAGAAGAUAGACCCUCGGUUCGUCGGCACGCAUGCUCGGCUCUGCAAGGGAAUUCGACUUCUCGCCAUCGCCCGCGAGAUUGCGUCGGAGUCGUCUUCUCAGCCACCGACCAGUUCUUACCUAACUCUUGAUAUAAAGUCCCAUAAGACCUCGUGGGGACUUGCAUUUCUCAGGGGCUUUCUAGCGCGUGCUACUCUCAAUGUCUGGCUCCUGUUCCCUAGAAAAGCUCGGAUAGCUGCGUACGAAAUGCUGAGGAAAUUCGGGAGGCUGGUUUACGGAGAGCAAGGCGAUUACUCCACUGUUCAGAGAGUUCCAUUUGGGCUGUACCUGAAGUACCAGGGAGAACCUGACGGAUAUCGCAACGAGUUUAACGCCUUGCAGAUGGUCCGCAGAUACACCUCCAUUCCAUCUCCUGACCCUCUUGAUAUGGUUGUCAAAGGAUGUGAUGAGGAUGACCCUUUUUCUUCAUCACGAGCUUUCCUUCUCAUCACGCAAGUUCCGGGCGUGCCGCUAUCACGUUGCGAAGAUAUGCUCUCCGACAGAGCUUGCGAGGAGAUUACUCUUCAGUUGCAACACUACAUCAGCCAGCUUCGAGAUAUUCCCAAGGAAGCCAAUCCAAGCAUGGCCAUCUGCAACACCCUAGGUGGCCCGCUCAGAGACCCGCGCAUACGUGGUGAACAGCCUAUGGGGCCAUUUCCAGAUGAGGCUGCUUUUAGUCAGAUCUUGCGAUUCUCUGACGAACCCAGCCGCCGUGGGCACAAGAUUCUUUUUACACAUGCUGAUCUCAACCCUCGCAACAUCCUGGUGGACCGAACCAUCGAGGCGGAUGGCAGCAUAUCGUGGCGCGUUACUGGAAUAGUUGAUUGGGAGACUUCGGGCUACUAUCCCGAGUAUUGGGACUGCACAAAGGCUCUGUUCGAGGGAUUCAGGUGGUCCAAGCGAUACAACGACAUGAUGAAGAGCGUCUUCAAGGAAUUAGGAGACUAUAGUCAGGAGAUUGACGUAGAAGUCAGGAGCUGGGAAUCCGGAGACGGUGUAUGA